AGGAUCCCGGGAAGUGCAGGGGAGGGGGUGGCGUCUUCGCUCCUCAGGCGCUGGCCCGGCCCAGAGGGGACAGGAAGCCAGGACACCGGGGAUUGUCUCUCGCAACCGCAGCCCAGCCCCAGUCCGGGAGGAAGUUCUGCCCGGCGCUCUCCGCCGGUGCCUCCCUGGUUAUAUUGUUGAACAGGAAACCCGGCAGCGCGGGAGCCGCACAGUCGAGGAGGGAGCGCGGGACGCCGAGCCCACGCGCGCCUGCCGGGGCAAGUGGAGGCGAAGCCGGCGAGCGGACGCCCCGAGGGUCGGGGAAGGAACCGAGGCCCGGUCCCCUUCUUAUCCAGCCCGAGACAUUGAGCUCCGGUGGGUGUCCCUGCGCUGGGAGUCCCGCUCGGAGUUUUUCCAGGCCCGGCCGGGCUGCUCCGGGAAAGGCCCUGCUCCUGUUCCGCGCAGCCUCUCCGGCCUCGCCCCUGGAAACCCCGCCCAGGGCGAUGGUAGGGGCCUAACCUGCAGCCACCGCCGGCUCCGCCCACCCAGCCCAUGGGCUCCCUGAGGCCCGCCCAGCCGACGAAAACGCCGCGGCCGCGAUGGCGGCGGACGUGGUGGGGGACGUGUACGUGCUGGUGGAGCACCCCUUCGAGUACACCGGCAAGGACGGGCGCCGCGUGGCCAUCCGGCCGAAUGAGCGCUACCGGCUGCUGCGGCGCAGCACCGAGCACUGGUGGCACGUGCGGCGUGAGCCCGGCGGCCGCCCCUUCUACCUGCCUGCGCAGUACGUGCGCGAGCUGCCCGCGCUGGGCAACCCUGCCGCCGCCGCGCCGCCAGGUCCCCACCCGAGCCCCGCGGCCCCUGAGCCGCUCGCCUACGACUACCGGUUUGUGAGCGCGGCGGCGACUGCGGGCCCCGACGGCGCCCCCGAGGAGUCCGGAGGCCGAGCCAGCUCCCUGUGCGGCCCUGCGCAACGCGGCGCCGCGACCCAGCGCAGCAGCCUGGCGCCCGGCCUGCCAGCCUGCCUGUACCUGCGGCCCGCGGCGCCCGUGCGGCCCGCGCAGUCCCUGAACGACCUGGCCUGCGCCGCCGUCUCGCCUCCCGCCGGCCUCCUAGGAAGCAGCGGCAGCUUCAAGGCCUGCAGCGUGGCUGGCUCCUGGGUGUGCCCGCGGCCUCUGGCGCGCAGCGACUCAGAGAACGUCUACGAGGUCAUCCAGGACUUGCACGUCCCGCCGCGGGAGGAGAGCGCAGAGCAGGUGGACGACCCCCCGGAGCCCGUGUACGCGAACAUAGAGAGGCAGCCCCGGGCCACUUCACCGGGCGCCGCUGCAGCCCCCCUUCCCAGCCCCGUGUGGGAGACGCACACGGACGCGGGCACCGGGCGCCCCUACUACUACAACCCAGACACGGGAGUUACCACCUGGGAGUCGCCCUUUGAGGCUGCCGAGGGUGCCGCCAGCCCAGCCACCUCCCCUGCCUCGGUGGACAGCCACGUGAGCCUUGAGACCGAGUGGGGCCAGUACUGGGAUGAGGAGAGCCGCAGGGUGUUCUUCUACAACCCGCUGACGGGCGAGACGGCCUGGGAGGACGAGGCCGAGAACGAGCCCGAGGAGGAGUUGGAGAUGCAGCCGGGCCUGAGCCCUGGCAGCCCAGGGGACCCGCGGCCCCCCACUCCCGAGACGGACUACCCCGAGUCGCUGACCAGUUACCCCGAGGAGGACUAUUCUCCCGUGGGCUCUUUCGGUGAGCCCGGCCCUACCUCUCCCUUGACCACACCCCCCGGCUGGUCUUGUCAUGUCAGCCAGGACAAGCAGAUGCUCUACACCAACCACUUCACCCAGGAGCAGUGGGUGAGGCUGGAGGACCCCCACGGGAAGCCAUACUUCUACAAUCCAGAGGACUCCUCUGUUCGAUGGGAGCUGCCCCAGGUCCCUGUCCCUGCCCCUCGAAGCAUCCAUAAAUCCAGCCAGGAUGGUGACACCCCAGCCCAGGCCAGCCCUCCAGAGGAGAAGGUCCCAGCAGAGCUGGAUGAGGUUGGGAGCUGGGAGGAAGUCUCUCCUGCCACAGCUGCUGUGAGGACCAAGACCUUGGACAAGGCAGGUGUGCUCCAUCGCACCAAGACGGCAGACAAGGGAAAGCGGCUCCGGAAGAAGCACUGGAGUGCCUCCUGGACUGUGCUGGAGGGUGGCGUCCUGACAUUCUUCAAGGACUCAAAGACCUCGGCUGCAGGCGGCCUGAGGCAGCCUUCCAAGUUUUCCACCCCUGAGUACACAGUGGAGCUGAGGGGGGCCAGUCUCUCCUGGGCCCCCAAAGACAAAUCCAGUAGGAAGAAUGUGCUGGAGCUACGGAGCCGAGAUGGCUCCGAGUACCUGAUCCAGCACGACUCGGAGGCCAUCAUCAGCACCUGGCAUAAGGCCAUUGCUCAGGGCAUCCAGGAGCUGUCCGCAGAGCUGCCCCCAGAGGAGAGCGAGAGCAGCAGAGUGGACUUCGGGUCGAGUGAGCGCUUGGGAAGCUGGCAGGAGAAAGAGGAGGACGCGCGACCGAAUGCAGCCGCGCCCGCCCUGGGCCCCGGGGGCCUGGAGAGCGACUUGAGCAAGGUCCGGCACAAGCUCCGCAAGUUCCUCCAGAGGCGGCCCACACUGCAGUCGCUGCGGGAGAAGGGCUACAUCAAAGACCAGGUGUUCGGCUGCUCGCUGGCCGCGCUGUGUGAGCGCGAGAGGAGCCGGGUGCCACGCUUCGUGCAGCAGUGCAUCCGCGCCGUCGAGGCCCGCGGGCUGGACAUCGACGGGCUGUACCGCAUCAGUGGAAACCUGGCCACCAUCCAGAAGCUACGCUAUAAGGUGGACCACGAUGAGCGCCUUGACCUGGAUGACGGGCGCUGGGAGGACGUCCACGUUAUCACCGGAGCCCUGAAGCUCUUCUUUCGGGAGCUGCCCGAGCCCCUCUUCCCCUUCUCGCACUUCCGCCAGUUCAUUGCGGCCAUCAAGUUGCAGGACCAGGCCCGGCGCAGCCGCUGUGUGCGUGACUUGGUGCGCUCGCUGCCCGCACCCAACCACGACACUCUGCGGAUGCUCUUCCAGCAUCUCUGCCGGGUGAUCGAGCACGGCGAGCAGAACCGCAUGUCGGUGCAGAGCGUGGCCAUUGUGUUCGGGCCCACGCUGCUGCGGCCCGAGGUAGAAGAGACCAGCAUGCCCAUGACCAUGGUGUUCCAGAACCAGGUGGUGGAGCUCAUCCUGCAGCAGUGCGCGGACAUCUUCCCGCCGCACUGACUGCUGGCCUGUGACUGGGGCGGCGGCCGCGGUCCUGCCACACAAGCUGGGCGGCGGAGGCCACGCAGCCGGGCCUUCUUCUCUCUGGGACCCUCCGCCAGCGCAUAGCCGCAGGCCGGUGUGACUUCUGCACCCUCGGUUCUGAGGGUACGGUGACCCCUAGUGGGCAGUUUGCAAAAUGUGAUUCCUUCCUCCCAACUCCCCAUCCCCCCCUCCCGUCCCCGUCACGUCCUGUUUGGGGGUUAAUUAGGUUUUUUCUCUGUUGCAUCGUGCCUACUGUGCGUGUGCGAUAGCGUGUGUGGGGGUGAGAGUUUGUUUUCUGGAAUGGUAGGUGCUGGGAGGAGGAGUUUGAUGGAGGGCUUCCUGGCUGCUUCUGGCCCUCACCUCGUGGAGGCCUUCACAGAGACCCUGUGGGCCCUGGCCCUGUGCUGGCACUGUGCCAGUCAUGAAGCAGCUGUGAUCACUUCCCCACUGUGGAAACAGGACUGACCCAGCCUUCAGCGUGGGCUGCUGAAGCUAUCCUCCUCAGGCCUCAGGGAUGACCUCCUGCCUGAGCCUCUCACAGGCUGGCUGUGGGCCAGUUUCAUCUGCUUUCCUGUUGGGGGUCCCGGGCCUCUGCUGUCCCUGACCCACUGGUGUUCUGUGCAAGGCUUCUUCCCAUUCACCAAGUGCACACCUUGCAUCUGCCGCUCGGCAUGCACCAGUUCCACACACCAUCCCAUUUUACAGACAAGGACGCUGAGGCCUGCAGCAGCAGUGUGACUUGCUCAAGGUCCAGUGAGUGACCUCAUUCCCCAGAAAAGGCUCCUCCCACAUCAGAGUACAGCCUGGGUAGGGGGAAAAUCAGUUCUUUCAGCUACCACCCAUCCAACCUUUGGGCCUAUGCGAAAAGAAAGGAACUAAGCUGGGUGUGUUCUGUCUGGACCUGGGGAGGCCCCUGAAGGCAAAAAGGGAAACUGUCCCAGCUGUUCUGUCCUAGGGGAGGGGGACAUAGCCCUAGCAGGAGCUCCCAGCCCCUCUUGGCACUCUGACACACAAGUACGCCCAUCUGGGGCCCGCUUUGCCAUGAAGAGCUGGGCAGGCCUGCAGGGUGUGGGGAAGGAGGACACAACCUCAAGAAAGGAAGCGUGAACCCCAGGGAACAGCGGGUCCCUUCCCUCCUCAGACACAAGCCACCUCAGCUUGUGGCUCUUGGCCCCCAGCCCCACCAACCCACCUGUUCAUUUAUUCAACAGACAAUGACAGCUGAUAUUUAUUGGACAUUUGCACCAUGCCAAGCAUUCGGCUUGGAUUAUCCCAUUUGUUUCUCACAGCCGGUAUUUAUUGUCUGCUCUUCUGUGCCAGGUGCUGUGCUCUGGGCAGGGGCACUGCAUGGGCUGCCUGCCCUGGUGGAGCUUGUGGUCUGAUGGGUGAGGCUGACCCAAGCCCACCCCAUUGCCAACAGGGCCAGGGCAAGAGUACACACAGGGGCCUCAUACCAUAUGUCUAAAUAUUUAAAAGUUAUCAAUCAAGCUAACAACUGUUAAAUAAAAUAUGUUCUAUUCUCCUACUUUGACAAA